AUGGGGCAAACAGUGGGACGUAUGCCUCAUUCAUGGGUCGAUUUAUUGGAGGAAAAAGAUCGCGUUUUUUACUGGAGCGGCGAGGUCCUCUCCCGGGUUGCCGAAAAUGUCUAUCAAGAAGAAUCGUUCCUGAUCGAUUACGGCAACGAGAGCAUCGACAAAAAGAUCGACUCGUGGAUGGAAUCGAAUCAGGCGCGGAUCGACAGGAUUUUCAGUAAACACGCUGACCUGCCCCUGACGUACAAGAUCGAAGUAUUAAACGAACUGGAACAAAUAAAGGAAGAAUUGACGAUGAAAAUGAGAAGCGAUUAUUACCAUGGUUACAAGGACAUUUUGAAGUUUACGAGGAAGGUGGAUUCGUUGGGAGAAAGGCAACGUAGGAUACACGCGAAAAUUCAGAAUCUCGAGAACAUUUGCAAUGGAAAUGUGAAAGGGUUUCGACGAAAGUUCGGCCCUUUGCGGGUGAAAACGUUCAAGAAUCUGAGAAUAGGAGAAAAAAUGAUAUUCCAAGACAAGAGACUAAAAUCACAGUUUGCUAAACGGGUACGAACUUCUGUCUUCUAGCUUUAUACAUUCGCCCGAAUAAUAACAAUCGUACAUUCUUGUUUUUCUUUCCCCUAACCGUCAGGUAUACGACAUUGAUCAUAAGAACGUGGAAGAAUGCGCUAAAUGUAUUGAUAAGUUGAUAAAGAUCAUUGAGAAAGCUGCGCUCAAACAAUGA